GGUCUCCAUAUCCUUAGUCUUCCUCAUUGCUUAUAAAAAUGCCAGGAUACUGAGGGCUGUGCUUUACUGAUACUCUUACACACUCGCUGUCAGUGACUGAAAACCAGGUUAAUUGUGAACCAGUAGAAGAUCUGCACAGGACAAAUCCCUGCACAGUCAUGGCUGUCCAACAGCAGAUUACCACAGUGACGACAACAGCCAGAAGCCACAGUUCAGGAAACUGGAGCACAGGCCUCUUUGACUGCACAUCUGACUUGAAUACCUGCUGCACUGCUCUCUGCUGUUUCCCAUGUUUGCAGUGUCAGACUGUUUCUGAUUUUGGAUGGUGUUUCCUCAUGCCCCUGCUGGACUGCUGUCUUACCGUCUCCUGCUGCCUUCGCAGCAAAAUGAGGGAGCGCUAUAACAUCCAAGGCUCCAUGGCUGAAGAUUGUGCCACUGUGCUAUGCUGUUACCCCUGUGCCUGGUGCCAGAUGUCACGUGAAUUAAAGGCCCAUCGCUAGACAGAUUUUUUUGCUUGUUAUGUAAAAAUGUGCAUCACUGCAGAGCACAUUGCUUGCUUUUUUUUAUUGACUUACAGCUCACCAUAUAAUGAAGAACAUGUUUUACAAAGUAUUCAUAGUUUUUGUUGGAUUUAGCUGGUGUAGCUUUGCAUUUUGCUAUUAAUAAUUUAAGCAAGCAAAUAAAGACUUACUUAAACUGCGA